GCUAUAGAUGGCAAAGUUGUUCUCGAGCGUGAUUGCUUGAUGGGGGCGUUUACCUACAUAAGUCCUUUGAGGGUCUUUUAGCGUUUUAAAACCCUAGACCAUUCUGGCAAUGGUCUAGGGUAAUAGAAGAAUUCCGGAAGAAAACGUCGUACCUUUAGAUUACAAGUUUGAAACCGAAUUAAAAAGAAACAGAGCUGGCGGCUGGUCAAGCAGGCCCUUCUGGGUCUGGAAUUGCGCCCGUAACUCCGGGCAAAAGACCCGGGAGAAUGGGCAUUGCUGAUGAUAGCAGAGGUGUAUCACAAGGUCGACCCGAAACUACAAGAGGUGGAUUAAGAGUGUACAAAAUAGUGGUAUUGGGAGACGGGGGGGUUGGGAAAUCAGCUCUAACUCUACAGUUCGUCAACCAUAGGUUUUUGGAUUAUCACGACCCAACUAUUGAAGAUGCAUACCAACAACAAGCUGUAAUUGAUGGUGAAGCAUCACAACUGGAUAUACUGGAUACUGCGGGCCAGGUGGAGUUCACUGCUAUGAGAGAUCAGUAUAUGAGAUGUGGGGAAGGUUUUAUGAUAUGUUAUUCUGUAACUGACAGACACAGCUUCCAGGAAGCUGUUGAGUACCGUAAGUUGAUAAAUCGUGUAAGAGCCUCUGAAGAUAUUCCUCUAGUGCUUGUGGGAAAUAAAUUUGAUCUACAGCAUCAGAGGAAGGUCUCACCAGAAGAAGGCCGUGCCUUGGCAGCCCAAUUCGGGUGUCCAUUCUACGAGACAUCGGCAGCUUUGCGACAUUUUGUUGAUGACGCGUUCCAUACUUUAGUGCGUGAGAUUCGACUCAAAGAACGUGACAGACGUCAUACAACUACUAAACUGAAUAAGCACAGUCGGUGGCGGCGACUGCGAUCGAUACUUGCCAUCGUCUUUAGGCGUAAACGUAAUUUCUCUCAGUAAGAAAAUGGUUACACUCCCAGACAAACAGCUUUACAAUUACAAUGGCAGAUACCAUUAGCAUUUUGUAUGUUCUUUUUAAGUCAUUUUCUUCUUCCUCCCUUUCUCUGUGAACUUAGAUUAUAGUGGAUAACUUUAAGAUCUCAUGAUUUUCGUGUCACUUUUAUGUAAUAUCAGGACAGUUGCUUUUGAUAUUCAUAUUUAUUUUGUUAAUGUUUUACAUCUGUGUAAAAAUGUAAUCAUAAUGAUGUUGUAUGUUACAACAUGGAAGUACAAAACAUCCUUUGUUGGCAAGUUUGCCAAUGUGAAGGAAGCGCAUAUAAACUUAAAUACAGUUUAUAAUAAGGUUAAUUCAUUUUGAUUAUGUUUCAAUAAAACAUAAAAUAUUUGCUUAAAUGUUGGGUGCUAGUUCCCAUUCUGGGACUUGCGUACAUAGAGAGAACCUUGAAUCUUCACUCUGAUCACUGAGGAAUGUGUAUGCAUAUGAAUCACAACAAGAGGCCAUAAGCAUGAAGUAUCCAGUUUAUGUGGCUUUCUGAGAAGUAUAUUAACAUUAACCCUGAAGCGAAAAAUCCCACCAUGAAUUACUAUUGUAACUUGUAGGAAAUAUUUCCAAGCACAAUUUCUAUAGUUUUGUUGGAUAUUUUCUAUAUGAACACAAUGUCAGUCUCUUAGUUUAAUUUGCAGUUAAUAUAGUAUGAAUGUUUUGAUGAAUGAAGACCAGUUUCUUUCCCUCACCAUAUUCUGCUCACUGGAAAACUGAAAGUGAACCAUGGAAUUGUCAAUAUAAUCAGUGAAAUUUCAUGCAUGUAGUUUAACUUGUUGUACUGGUAUUUGGGUUGUGACUGUUCCUGCUGGUUGAGGUGAAGUACAGGACAAGAAGCAUAUGAAACUGGGUAGUCCAAAAAUAACAAUAAAAGUGAAAAAGUAUUGAUGGUAUCACAGAAUGGUUUUCAUACAACUGCUUGUGACGUGGAAUAAUGCUUUAAAUAAAACUGAAAGAAGUAACAUGCUAGUUAAAUUUUUCGCGUAAUUUGAGUCAGUAAUAUCCUACAUUUCAGCUGUGACCAAUUACUUUUCAGUUAAAUUAAAUUAAAUGUGUACUACAUAUGUCCAGUGGGCAUUCAAAAGCUAGUUUUCAUAAUUUUCUAUUUGAGCCUGCUGGGAAACAGCAGACAGAAAUAACAGUAUCAACUCCCAGUUAAAAAUUUAUCUAGUCUGGUAAUACAGUUUUCAUUGUCAAAAGAAAAAUCCAGUACAUAUCUGUGGAAACCACAGAGUGCUGUUAAUGAUACCUCCUUACUUAUUGAGAUUUUAUGUCUAAUUACAAGUAUUUACUCCUUCCCCGCCCCUGCAUAUUUUACUGUAUAAUAAGUGCUGGCAGGUCGAUAGACACACAAACA